AAUGAGCAUGCGCGGAUUCGAUGAUUGGUUACCACAACAAACUUGGUUCAGUUCGUCGAUUGUCGUAAUUUCUACGAUUAAAUACAGAUUUUACAGUCUAAGAUACUUCUUUUGAUUGAAGAAUAAUCGCAUAAAAUUACAAAAAUGGAAGGAGAGCAGGAAGGAAAGAAAGAUGAAAAGGAAACCGACUACAGAAGACUGCAAAGUUAUCCGCUCAUUCGGCACUCAGAUAUGAAUGAAGAAAUGAGGACAGAGGCUAUGGAGUUAUGUGUGACAGCUUGUGAAAAGUUCUCUUCAAACAAUGAGACGGCAGCUAAGAUGAUCAAAGAUGCGAUGGACAAGAAGUUUGGUUCAUCAUGGCACGCGAUCGUUGGCGAGGGAUAUGGAUUUGAGAUCACCCAUGAGGUUAAGAAUCUACUCUAUAUGUUCUUUGGUGGUAAUAUGGCUGUCACAGUUUGGAAAUGUUCAUAGUGACUGGUCUACAAGUUUAUGCCCUGUAGAUUACAUAAUCAUCUCAUGUAUAUGAGUGAGGGGAAAGUAAGAUGGUCAGAAAUAAAAUGCUGUUCUGCUUUGGUCUUCCUCUCAGCAUUGUUAUAUGAAGAAAUAUAUGGAUUUCUGAAAAAUGAUUUAAAAGCAUUCACAGAGUGACCUCACACAAUAUCCAUUAAAAAAACAUAUAUAUGUAAUCUGUACUGGAAAAUACUAUGACAUAUAUCUUUGGGAAGGUUUUAAAGAUUAUCAAAAUUGAUUUUGACAUUUCGGAAGUACUAGAGUACUUGUUUGAAAAUAUCUCUUUGUGUAUUUUGAAACGCAAGAUAAAUAAAUUUUUGGAGAAAAUAGUAAUUUGAAGACCUGUUAAAGAAUAAAUUUAUAUUUAAGAAACAUGUAAAUUCAUUACAGAUAUUUUAUUUGUACAUGACGUACAGUACAUGUAAUAAUUUUAUGAGGAAGGGUAUACCAUAAAACACUACAGAGAUGGUGCAUGCCCUACCAAUAUUUAACCAAUAUUUAACUAUAAAUUUCCAUGUAUAAAUUAAAAGAGAUGAAUUCCAGGAAAUACGUUUGUUUCGUAUGUAAAUAUUUUUUCUAUUGAAUUUGUUUUUGUAUUUAUUAUGCCUUUGUACAUAUUUUUGCUUUACAUACUUGAAAAAUGGUUUUGCCUUUUCUGAAUUUUGUGCACAUUUGGAUUACACAAAAAGUAUUUAUGAGAAAAUCUGUAUUCUUAAGAGUACUAUGAAAUCCGUACUAACUUUUGACUAGCUUUAUUAUCAUUAAAAAAGGUAGUCGUUGUUUAUGUAUUCAAUGUAUAGUACUUAAUGAGUAUUCGUUGUUUAGAACAAGAGGUGUAUAAGUGGUUGCCAGGUCCGGGUAGCUUUAAUAAAUUGAAUAAUUUAAUGUAUUCAUUACAGGCCUGUAGAAGUAUUAAUGUCCCAUGUUAUGUAUGUAUUCAUAGCUUGUUUGCUCUUACUUCAAAUAUGGAAUGAAGGCCUAGAUUCAUUGAAUAGAUAGAAAUAGUUAAAUAACCCAUUACUGUGGGUGCAUGCAUAUUUUAUAGCGUAUUGUGUGAGGUAAAUCAACAGAUUUACAUACAAUAUAGAUUGAUCUACAGGUGUACAUUGUAUAUUGGAUUCAUCCCAGCUUGUAUUAAAGCAAGUGUCACUUGAAAGGUACUAUAGUAUUUAAUAUAGCUACAGGUAUAUUUCAUUGGCUACCUCCAAUAAGGCUGUAAGAGCUAUGUUUUGUCAAAGGCAGUACAGUGUAACAACCUUCUUGUGACCAGCUGGUAACUUUAACUUUUGCAUCAUCACAUUCCCCCUUCAGAAAUUCAACUAAUUUGUUCAUUAUGUACAUGUACAUAUAGUACACAAUACCAAUUAAGAGACAUUCCUGUAUGAAAUCACAUGUAUCAGUUUGUCACAGAGACUAGUAUGUGUGUAUGCUCUAUAUCUGAACCACUGUAAAGAAAACACAAGAAGUGUCAGUAACAAUAAAUUUGUGUCCUCCAAUAAUUCAG